UCCAUAUAGUGUUUUCAUUAGAAACCGAAUGCAUUAAACAUACCAAGCAAUCCCUUCAGAUUUUCAAACAGCCGCUGGCUAGCUCCGUCCUGGUUGUUCUCCCAACCUCCAAACUCGAAACUCCGUCCGGCGAGUAGAUAUUGAAACUAAGAAAUCAGGAUGGAGUCGCACGUGCAGAGCGGUAAAAAGAGGUCGUGGACGGACGAGAAGCACGUGCAGUUCUUGAACAGCAUGGAGGCAUCGUUUGUGCGCGCCAUGUUUGAGAAGAAGGAUCAUCGCCUUCUUCGUCUCGACCGUUACUUGCCUGAUACCUCAGACUCAACCCUAGAUCUCAAAACCCUCAACAAAACCAAAAAACAAGGCGGCAGAAAGGACGGCGGAGCAGACAAAAGAUUAAGGAGGUUUUCAUCUCAAUCGUUCAAUGCAUCACAAGAUCAGGUGGUCCCACAGUUUGAGAUCAGAGCGGUUGGUGAUAAAGAUGGGAGAGACCAGCUAAAUGUACCUGAACAGCUAUGAUCCAAUUCUUGUUAAUGUUAAUUGUAGCAUUAAUUUGUAGGGUUUUUCGUUUAUAAUUUCUUUCGGUCGUUGUAGUAAAUGCAGCAGUAGUGACUUUUCGGAAAAUGAUUGUGAUGGUGUAGUUGAUUUUUAGGAGGCAAGAUUGGCAUCGAUCCAUGAUCAAAUCACCAAAGUGACCCUGUGAUGGGUUGGGUUGGGUACCCUUCAAGGAAGAAAGUAGAAAGAAGACAAUAAGAAAUCGAUCAAUAAAUAGUACUCAAUCUUGAUCCUUCCGGCAGCAAUCUUAUCUUUUUGGAUAGGAAUAGGAUAGAGUUUGUGGCUUAGUUGGGGGGUGAAUUUGAGUUGGGAGAGAGAGUUUUUUCUAGGUUGAUGAACACAACUUCAAGGAGGAGCAUUGCAUGAUUCAAUCCUUUGUGUAUUUAUUGGAAUUAAUCUGUUUAUGAAUCUUAAGUUCUCAAGUUUUGUA